AUGCAGCAAGCAUGCACAAACCCAGUAGUAGCCACAACAGCAGCAUCUAGUAGUAAUCCUAAGAAAAAGCCCUAUAAGUCUGCUCUCCGCGAGGAGAUGGCUAAGACAUUUGGAAAGUUCAUUGUGCAAGAGAGAGAACAAAAAGUAUCUAACAACAAGUUAAUAGAGGCAAAGCCUAAAACAGCAAUCUCUGAUUUCCGUCCUACCGCAAGCGUCUUCAGUAAUGCACUCUCAGACGAUACACCACAUUCAUCAUUAGGAGGUAUGAACCAGACAAUAUUCGAUAAAUUAGCAACACCAAAUAUUGUUCGUCAUGACUCUCUCACCUUUCAAUACACAACAUUUUCAGAGGACGAUGAUGAGUACACUCAACCGAUUGCCGAUAUCAAUGAGUUCGUCCAAAAGUUUCUUUCAAACACUGACGAUGAAGAAGAAUAUGACGAUGGAGACGGGUUUUCUCUGAUAACUACAUCCAAGCCAAAGCCAUGUGCAAAGUUUGACGCUUUUACUUCAAGCUCCGAUUCUCAAUUUGAUGACUUUGAACCCACAACACCAAAGAACAAGCCAAACAUCUCUGCUUUUGAUUUCACAAGUGCACCAACUAACGUUUCCAACGUGUUUGAUGAUUGCACAUCUUCAUCAUCAUCGUCGUAUGAUGCAUUUGCAUCAGAAGAAGGAUUAAACAACAACAAUAAUUGGUCGGGGAUGACACGAAAAGCAUCUGGAUUGGCACCACGAAAAGCCAGUGUGGCUCUAUUCGCCAAGCCGAUCGAAAACGACAGAUUAGACGAUGAAUUUCAAGCUUUAAAGAAAUUUGAAACAAGGUUACAAAGAAAAAGCGGUAUGCACACCAGUGGAUACCGUCAACACAAUCUUCCUAAAAACCGAUACAAGAAUAUUUUACCCAAUGAGAAUACUAGAGUUUUACUAAAAUCAAGAGAACGUUUAGAACCUGGAUCUGACUAUAUCAAUGCAAACCACAUUAUUACACACUCUACCCAAAAUUUUAAACACAUCAGACUAUCCUCUCCUCCAACCUAUAUUGCCACCCAAGCUCCUCUUCCUUGUACAUUUUGCGAUUUUUGGCGAAUGAUUGUCGAACACAAUAGUACUAUUAUUGUUAUGCUAAGCAAUGAAAUUGUGUCGUCGGACUCAGAAAGCGACGGCGAAGCAAAAGAAGGUACUGACCUAUUUGAUCAAUGCUUCAACAAGAACAAAGUGAAUAAGUACUGGCCUUCUCUGCAUGAAAGAAAACAGUAUGACGAAGUGACGGUAGAGACUGUUUUACAAGAAAUAACUCCGUACGACUUUACUUACAGGCAGUUUAUAGUUCAUCACGAGUCACUACCGAGCUCAGGAAGAUUAAUACAUUUUUAUCAAUAUACAGGAUGGCCUGAUAUGGGAGUUCCUGACAACACUGACUCAUUUUUUAAAUUAAUAGAAAGUAUUGACAACCUGAAAAAGCGCCCUGAUUAUAUUCCCGGUCCAAUAACGAUUCAUUGUUCUGCUGGCGUUGGUAGGACAGGAACAUUUUGUACAAUACACAUUCUACUUUCACAAUAUCAGGAAUAUUUACGAUUAUCGAAGGAAGAACGGGAUAAUGAUAUCAAUUUUGAUUUUAAUAUUUAUAAAAUUGUAAAGCAACUCAAAAAUUUGAGAGUGGGAAUGGUUCAGCGAAAAGAGCAGUACCGCUUCUGCUACACAGCUGUUCGAGACGGUAUUAAUCAAAUACACCAAAAUUACUCGAUUUAG